AAUAAAAAUAAAAAUAAAAAAUAAAGAAAAAAGAAAAAGAAGAAACAAAGAGAGGAACAACAACAACAACAACAACAAACACUCUUAGCAGAGAUCGAGCUUAUACACGAAGAAGCAGAGACCAAAAUUUUCAAUACAAAAAAUUUAGCAGAAAAAAAAAAAUCAAAAUUGAAAAAAAAUAAAUAGAGAGAGAAAAAGAGAUUAACGAAGAAGAAGCUUCGAAGAUUCGAAAUCAGCAAGUGAAGUUCGAGAUUUCAAUUCAAUUUUCUGAACUUCGUUAAGUGAUCUCGUGAUUGUUUAAAGUUUGGAGCUUUUGGGAAUUCGCGAAGCAAUGAGGUUUUUCGGAUUGGUGCAAGUGAUGUGAUUUUCGCUUCAAGAAUGGUUUUUGGGACCCUUUGGUUUGAUUGUUCAAACUUAGGGUUUUGAUUUGGUAUGAAAUUCGUUGAAUUGGGUUUUGAUUUUGGGAUUUUGGUGUUCUGGGUUAGUGUGAUUUUUUAGCGGUUUGAUUUCUAGGGUUUUGAAAUUGGGGGAAAUUGAGAUUUUGUGUUGCAUUGUGUGUUGUUUUUUGAGUGUUUGAAAUUUGGGUAUGAGGGUUGUUUUAUUGAGGUUCAAAAUUGAAGCUUUAGGUUGGGUUACUGUUAUUAGAAUGGUUUGUGUCUGUUCUGGUAGUUUGUAUAUGCCGUGUUUAUGGCGGUUGAUUUGUGUUCAAUGAUGUUUGAGAGGUUAAGUUUUGGGAUUUUUGGAAAUAGAAAUAAAUAAGUUGAAUUGGAAUAAAUUAAGGUUACUGGUGAGUGGGUUGUUUUCUGAUUUUGUUGGAAUUUGUAUGAGAAAUGCAACCCCAACAGAGUUCGAGAAUUGAUUUGGGUGAGUUGAAAAUACAGAUUGUAAAGAAGAUUGGACCGGAUAAGUCGAAGCGGUACUUUUAUUACCUUAACAGGUUUUUGAGUCAGAAGUUGAGCAAGAAUGAGUUUGAUAAGUUAUGUUUUCGGCUAGUCGGGAGGGAGAACCUUCCGUUGCACAAUCAUUUUAUAAAGUCGAUUUUGAAGAAUGCCUGCCAAGCCAAGACCCCGCCAUCAGUUCAUCCGUCCGGUUCUUCAAAAUCAGGAGCACAUGUUACUAAUUUGUCUCCUGGUAGAGAAGAUGGACACGAACAAAGUGCUGCUAGCUUUCAAAAUCAUAAUGCUUCCAUUUGGUCAAAUGGGGUUUUGCCGGUGUCACCGCGUAAGUUACGGUCGGUAGUGCGGGAGCGGAAGCUUAAAGACAGACCGAGUCCACUUGGACCAAAUGGGAAAGUUGAUUCUGUUGGUCAUCAAUACACAGCGACAGAAGACAGUGGUAGUAAGGUUGACUUGGAGAAUGGAACUCUUACUCCAUGCGAUUAUCAGCGACCAACACAGCAUCUUCAAGCAGUUUCUGAGCUACCCGAGAAUGUUAUACAGGGGCUUGCCGAAAAAACAAGAAUGCGUGGCAAAGGGCCGACUGAAAUAUCAACCGUGGAAGAUGGUGAGGAGUUGGAGCAAUUAAACCGCCUCAAUUUUGCAAAAAAUCCGCUCGUAGCACCACUCGGGAUUCCUUACUGCUCUGCAAGUGUGGGUGGGGCCCACAAAUCAUUGCCUGUGAAUAGCACUGGUGAUUAUGUUAGUUGUAGUGACAGUGGUAGAUUAUCUGAUACAGAUACGUUGACAAGGCGCAUGGAGCAGAUUGCAAUGGUACAGGGUCUUGGAGGUGUUUCCACGGAAUGUGCAAGUAUGUUGAAUAGCGUGUUAGAUGUGUACUUGAAACGGUUGAUCAAGUCGUGUGUUGAUUUAGUAGGGUCUCGGUCAGCAAAUGAGCCGACAAAGCUGCCAAACUCAAAGAAGCAGAUUCAAGGGAAGCUCAUAAAUGGCAUGUUGCAACAUAAUCAUUUACAUUCGCAGAAUUCUGGCAGGUUGACAGAAUCUGAGCCAGAACACAGAACCCAAUUCUCGGUAUCUUUGCAUGAUUUUAAAGUUGCGAUGGAGCUAAAUCCACAGCAACUUGGAGAAGAUUGGCCGCUACAAUUGGAGAAAAUCUCUAUGAAAUCUUUUCAGGAAUAACACAUCAAUAAGAUUAUUUUUCUUUUUUCAUAAGCAAAGAUUGGAUCUGUUUCUUCUGGUUCUGAUGGCUCACCAGUACUUUGGUGAUUAUCGGUUUACUUGACUUUUGAUCUUAUUAUCAGGAUGAACCAGAUGACUCAAAAAUGGAGAAAUUUCUCUCCAUUCCAUGAUCAAAUACUGGUUUUGAGCUUCCAAAUGUUUAUAUCCGUUAUAUGCAGAACUCGGAUGGAUCAGAUAUAUAUUUAACUGCAACCAAGGGUAUUAUCAAAUGUAGCCCAGAAAUUGGUUGCACUGUUGUAUGUUUAGCAUUGGUAUUGGCUGUACUGUUGCUAUGGCAAGAAAUUUCAAGGCUUUUGUUUGCAUUACAGCCAAUGAGGAGACUUAGAAAAAGUUUUGCAGGGAUACUAUUGUGUAGCUGGGAUCAAGGGACUGUGACAUGUAUAAGAAGAGCUGAAAGGUUGCUCUGUAUGUAUUUUUAGAAUAUGAUGAUUAAUUGAAAUUUGAUAUUAAUAACACGUCAAGAUCUAUUGAAAUUACCUUGAUGAUAUUGAUAUCAGUUUUAUAUAGUUGAACUUCAUGGCCCCAAGUUAGGACAAUUUCUGAACUAGUUUUUUGUUUUUUACUUUAUUCAUAAUGUAGAUCUGUAAGUUACAUGUCUCUUUUAGUUCAAAUAACUUUGGUGACAAUAAAUGAAUUUCUGAUCAUAUGUUGUACCAUUAAAUUUUGCCAUCAAUUUAAUAUACAAUAUGUAGUCUUUUCUGGUAAA